UGGUUGAACCGCGAACAUUUUUCCAACCCCAUGGAGCAACUACCGUUAAACACGAGCGAAGCGAAACCACUGGCGUCACCGGAACCACUUCACGCGAAUGAAGUGAAGCCACUAGCAGCAUCGCAACCACUUCACACGACCGAUCUAGACGACGCCGAUGAGAACGUCAAGCAGCUCGAUGAAUGUUCUUCUCUCUAUCUCUUGAUGCAGGAUUGCGUUGUUCGUUCUAACAGGAAUUGGAAAGAAUGCCAGACAGAGAUACAAGCUUUGAGGGAAUGCUCUGAAAACAGAAAGAAAAAUAAACCUGAAGUGAAAAUUUAUAAGCAAUGAAGCUUUUAGUUAGUUACAAGGUCCUCUACUUUGCUUCCCAAUUAUUGUUCAUGGUAUUGGUAUCACAUUUUUGUACGCGUACACUUCCAUUUUCACGCGAUAGCAUGGAUAUUUUUGGGCUAUAAUUCAAUUGAAAGUGAUUGGGAUUGAACUUAAGAAAACGGAUACUUGUACAGAGUACUGUAAAUAAACAGUGCUUUCAAUAGGAAACACCAGUGAUUAGUUUUGAGGCUAGAGUAGUUACCUCUUUUGCCUUGCUUUUAUACCUCAAUAAUCUCAAUUGCAUGAUUGUUGCUAUUUGAUGAUAAUGUGUUGCUUGAAUGAAUAAUUUGUCAAGCACUGGGCAAUUUGGCCUCACUUGAUCUAGUUUAACAUGUUUACUUUCAAUAUAAUCAUAGCUAAUGAAGCAGUGAUACAGGUGAAA